AUGUCAAAUCAGCCUAGCAAGCCGAUGUUACCAGCAACAAGAGAGGAGAACACGAAUAGAGAGGCCCUGGCGACGCUUGUAAUGCAGAAAGCUACUCUCCGCGCUGAGACCGAGGAGUGGAUUGACCUGCUAUGCGAGCUGCAUUCUGGACCUUCGAUCGCACCUACAAACCCGCCCUCCCACGCCCAGCGAUGUAACCACUGCGGCUUCUAUCUAAUAGGAUAUCAUUUACUGCAUAAAACUAUGAGGGGGCCCGACUUUGUGCGAUUGGACGGAUGCCUAUUCGGCUCCGGGGCAUGGCAGAGUCCUAGAUCUGGAUUAGGGGUUGGUUCUACAUCUACUACUGUUCCUCCCCCUGCUUCUGGUGCUGAGGGAAGUGGCUGGGAUGGAGAAAACGGUAGUAGUAUAAUAGAUGGAACCAAUAUCGGUACCAGUAAUGAGGCACCAAAUUGCACGGACCAACUGCAGCGACGUCAUAUUAUUUCCAGCAAGUUAGGUUUAGAGUGA